UCCUCAUCUUCUUCGUCUUCUGCUUACAGAGACACCCAGAAGCUCCUCAACUUCAAAUACUCUCUUCCAAACCCAACCCUUCUCCCCACCUGGCUCCCCAACCAAAACCCAUGUACCUUUAAUGGUAUUUCCUGCAAGCAAACCGGGGUUUCCUCCAUAGACCUCAGCGGCACCGCCUUAAACACCAAUCUCACCCUUGUCUCCACUUUCUUGAUGACACUUGAUUCCCUUGAAUCUCUCACUCUAAAAUUAACUUCUCUCUCAGGCUCCAUCUCCUUCCCUUCUAAAUCCAAGUGCAGCCCUCUCCUCACCACCAUAGAUCUAGCUGAGAACUCCUUGUCAGGCCCAAUAUCCGAUGUCUCCAUCUUGGGUGCUUGCUCUGCCUUGAAGUUUCUCAAUCUCUCUUCAAACUCUCUUGAUUUCUCCACCAAGGACUCUACUGGGUUCAGGCUCAGCCUCCAGGUUCUUGAUCUUUCAUACAACAAGAUUUAUGGCCCAAACGUGGUCCCUUGGAUAUUAUCCAACGGUUGUGGUGACUUGCAGCAACUGGUUUUGAAAGGGAACAAGAUAUCAGGGGAGAUGAGCAGUGUUUCUAGCUGCAAGAAAUUGGAGCACUUGGACUUGUCCUCCAACAAUUUCUCUGUUUCCGUUCCUUCUUUUGGUGAUUGCUUGGCAUUGGACCACCUUGACAUCUCUGGAAACAAGUUUUCAGGCGACAUUGAGCGCGCUAUAUCCGCCUGCAACCACCUCACUUUCUUGAACCUCUCCAUCAACCACUUCUAUGGUCAAGUUCCAGACAUGCCCACAAAGAAGUUGAAGUUUCUUUCACUUGCAAGAAAUGGGUUUCAAGGUACAUUUCCUAUGAACUUAUUGGAUACUUGUGCAGAGCUUGUGAAGCUCGAUCUUUCGUUGAAUAGCCUUACCGGUACGGUUCCUGAUGCAUUGACCUCUUGUACUUUGUUGGAGUCCUUGGACCUGUCCAGAAAUAACUUAUCUGGUGAAUUGCCUAUUGAGAUUUUGAUGAAGCUUAGCAACUUAAAGGCUGUGUCUUUUUCUUUGAACAAUUUUUUUGGUCAUCUGCCUGAUUCUCUGUCCAAGCUUGCAACUUUGGAGCGUUUGGAUCUCAAUUCCAACAAUUUGUUGUUG